UCAAGUGCACUGAAGUUCAAUCUUUACACCUGACACAUGGCAUUUAAUCAUUGAACAACACAGUCAAUCAGCUCCGGACUGAGACGAAAGUUGUCACAGAUUUUAACGCUGUACCUUGGACGCUCUUAUCUUCUGAACAUCCGAUUGUUGUCACAGCCCACGAAGAUUUCCAGGCAGAGAAGAAACUAGAGGCACAAGCAUGGGAGAGUGGGGCUUUCUCUCCAAGCUGCUGGACAAAGUGCAGUCUCACUCCACGGUUGUUGGGAAGGUGUGGCUCACUGUCCUCUUUGUCUUCAGGAUCAUGGUUCUCGGGGCCGGGGCCGAAAAGGUGUGGAGCGAUGAACAAUCAAAAAUGAUCUGCAACACUAAGCAGCCGGGUUGUACGAACGUGUGCUACGAUCACACCUUUCCAAUCUCCCACGUUCGCUUCUGGGUCCUUCAGAUCAUCUUUGUAUCCACGCCGACACUGCUAUACUUCGGACACGUUGUGCACAUCCUCCACAAAGAAAAGAAACUGAUAAAGCAGAUUGAAAGCUAUACUGAAAAGCAAGGCAUCAAACAACCCAAAUACACUGACGAUCAUGGCAAAGUUAUAAUCAAGGGCCAAUUGUUAGGUAGUUACCUAGUCAGCCUGUUUGUUAAGAUCUUGCUGGAAGCUGCGUUUAUUGUAGGCCAGUACUAUAUUUACGGUUUUAUAAUGAUCCCUAAGAUAGAAUGCUCCCAAUCUCCUUGCCCUCAUACGGUUGAGUGUUACAUGUCUCGUCCCACAGAGAAAACCAUCUUUAUCAUCUUCAUGCUGGUGGUGGCGUGUAUCUCUCUGCUUUUGAACGUGAUUGAGAUGUUCUACCUGAUAUACCGCAGGUCAAAAAGACAUCGUGGCACAAAGAUGACCGCAUUCCCGCAAGGUUUAAACGGAUCCAAGGUGUAUAGCUCAACUUAAGGGUGAAAAGAUUGUUUGGUGUUGUAAGCUUGUACAUAGAUAAAUGAGGCUGAAUCUUGGUAUUAAAAUUAAUGUCAUUUUGUGAUCAAUUUGUUUUGCACAGUUUUUGUUUUGCUGUGAAAUGAGCACAUGUAUUUUGAACAAUGUUUGCACCAAAAUGAAUGUUGGUGCAUGGUGCCAUAGGACAGGUAAUUUUAUAUGGACUAUAUUUAACUUCUAACCUUUGUUAAGGUAAUGACGUGUCAUAUAACCUAUCACUUAUCUUAUAACAUUUUUGUGAUGCUCUACUUGGAUCUGACAACAGAAUUGUCAUAAAAUGGCAUUACACUUAGAUAAUAGUUCAGUAUGUAACAGACUGCAGUUUCAUAUUCAGUGUUGGGGAAAGUUACUUUUAAAAGCAAUGCAUUACAAUACUGUGUUACUCCAUAAAAAAGUAACUAAUUCCGUUACUUAGUUACCUUUUAUGGAAAGUAAUACAUUACUUUUGUUUUACUUUUUCUCACCUUGGCUGAGCUUGCUUUUUUGUUUUUUAAUAACAACAAAAAGUUCUAUUUUCUAUUAAAUGUGAAAUUAAUUAACUUCAGGCUGAUCACAAAUGUGAUGUUUAUCUAAAGUCAUUUUUGCUUAUAAGUAUUGUUGAACUGGAUCAUCGAAAGGUCAGCAGCAAAGACAUUGCAAUAAAGUGAGAUUAAAUCCAUAAAGUA